AGGUUUGGAAGAACAUCGUUCUCAGACCCUGAGAAAUCUGGACUUUUUAACAGUCUGCUACCUAAACGACUGUAAGGAAUUGAUAGUUGUAUCUUCCUUGAGAUUAAUUUUUUUGGUCUUUGUACCUCUUAUUUUUUCUGUGGUUUUAGAUCAAGAGGCACCAUGAGCACAACUCAAAGAAAACGCCGUGGAGGAGCAGUUAAUUCUCGGCAAGCUCGGAAACGAAACAGGCUGAUGGCUUCUACUGCAGAAGUGGCUUCAGAAGCAGAGCCAAUAGAACUUGAAGAAAGCGCCGGUGAAGAAGUAGUAGAUCUCACAUGUGAAUCUUCUGAGCCUGUAGUUGUUGAUCUAACUCACAAUGAUUCUGUUGUGAUUGUUGAAGAGAAUCAACGACAAAGGAGAAAUCUCAGACUAAGAAGCCAGCGACAGUCGGACAGCUGUGUACUGAGUAGCGAUGACGAAGAUGAAACAAGAGAUAAUGAUGUGUAUGUGACAGAUAAAGUGUCUCGAGAAUUGGGACCACUGGAAGAUGAAACUGCAAGUUCAAAGCCGUCUGGUACCGUUAGCUGUCCGAUCUGCAUGGAUGGCUACUCGGAGAUUGUGCAAAGUGGACGACUGAUUGUGUCAACCAAAUGCGGCCAUGUCUUCUGCAGUCAGUGCCUCCGUGAUUCCCUUAGGAAUGCCAACUCCUGCCCAACUUGCAGGAAGAAACUCACUCACAGACAGUAUCAUCCCAUUUAUAUAUGA